CGCGGGGUCUGCCGUCGACAGGGGACGUAGGCAACCGACCCUGAAGUUCUCAAGUUCUUCUAAAUCGCACCGUGUUCUUUCCACCCCUUUGCGAUUGUCCUGCUAAGAUCUUAAGGUGAAAUUAUUGAUCGUCUAGCAGUGCCAACAGCCAGCUCUCCUCUUGGUGGCUGAUUUUUAGAUUGAUAUGCCAACAAUGUCUUGGCUAUUGAGUAUCCGACAAAAGAAGAACAACCCCAAAGAGCCAGAAAGUCAAAGACGAGUAACUAAGGUAUCGAGAUUCAAAGCAGUAGAAAAUGAAACGAUACCACGCUUCCGCCGCUCUCUGACUCUCCCUCUCAAUUCUCCGUCUCCAAUAUACUACAGCGACCAGCCCCCACUUCGUCGCCGUAUCCAACGAACCCUCAACCAAGACGCUUGCCUACUAUUCCGCCUACCCCUGGAACUGCGCACUAUUAUUUAUGGAUACGUCUUAGCGGAUGGACCCUGCAACCCACUCGCGAUGCCACCACAGGCCGUCUACAUCUCAAGACAGCGCACGUCACGGGUGUUGGAUGUACCUUGCCACCUCCCAGCCGGUGCCCAUGCGCUCCUAUAUCCUCCUAAGCACGUAGGUACGGCAAGUAACAGCAUUAUAUGAAAAUGGAGAGGCUGCGCAUGCGGCUGUAUAUACGGCAUCAUAUGCAGCAU